AUGCCGUCGCCGUCGUCGGCUACGCUACAAGGCCCUGCGCGCCAGAUGCGCUCCCCUGCAACCCCCGCCACCGCAUCCUCGUCGUCACCAUCGGCGCAGCAGCAGCAGCAGCAGCAGCCGCAGAAACAGGUUUUUACCGCGGAGAUGCGCGAUCGGCAGUCGCGGGGCAAAGAUCCGUAUACAAAAGGCCAUGAAGACGAUGAUGAUGAGGAAGACGAAGAGGAGGAGGAGGACGAUGACAUGGAUCUAGACGAGGAUGAUGACGGCUCGACGAUGCAGAUUGGAACUGUACCAAAGAAUGAAACAUUCGAGGAGAGGCAGAGGAGGCAGGACGCGCUCGCAGUGCUGGACAGUCCGGAGCAGCUCAUGAUGUAUGCGCAAAUGAUGAAUGAUAGCAUUCCCGGGCAGCGAUAUCGAUUCAUGAGGACGCUGUGCGGCUUCAGCGACGAGGAUGAGGAGCAACAGCAACAGCAGCAGCAGCAGCAGCAGCAGCAGCAGCAGGCGCGUGCUGGUCGACGACGUUAG